GACCUAAUUAACCACCAUCCUCGUAUCCUUCAAUUCCCUCUAUAUAAACACCCUUCUCCACUUUCUCCCCUACCAAACCUUCUUGCCAGUUCAUUCCAUAAUUAAGAAAAACAUCAACCCUUAGCUUCAAUGGCUUGCUCAAGCUCUCCAAGACCCACAAAAGUUCAAGAGUUCCAUGUGUAUGAGAUCAACGAACGAGACCGUUCGAGCCCGGCUUACCUUAGUUUGAGCCAGAAACCUGCCCAUUCGCUUGGAGAUCUCGUGCCCUUCACUAACAAAAUAUACACCGGAGACCUUCAGAAACGAUUGGGGAUAACGGCGGGACUUUGCAUUUUGAUCGAAAGCAAGCCUGAAAAGAAGGGUGACCGAUAUGAGGCCAUGUACAGCUUCUAUUUUGGGGACUAUGGUCACAUUUCCGUCCAAGGACCGUACUUGACUUACGAGGACACGAGCUUGGCCGUGACCGGUGGUUCGGGGAUAUUCGAAGGAGUGUAUGGACAUGUCAAGCUGCACCAGAUUGUGUUCCCCUUCAAAAUCUUGUACACUUUUUACUUGAAGGGGAUUGAGGACUUGCCUGAGGAGCUUACGGCUGUGAAGCUUGUGGAACCAAGCCCCAGUGUUCAGCCCAGCCCUGCUGCCAAGGCUUGUGAACCCCAAGCUACUGUCUCUAAUUUCACUAACUAGUUCAUAAAUCCAUGGCGAUGGUGAUGAACUGAGGAUGAAAGCACAGUUAGAUGGAUCGCCUUUACCUUGUGUCGGUUUAUGUAUUAUCAGAAAAAAAAAUAUUGCUACAAUAAUGCGAAUUUCAAGGCAAUAUAAUCAGCUUUACACCUUUA